AUGGAUAAUGGCAAGUUAACAGGGGAACCUUUCCUUGAUAUCAGAAAAGCUUUCGAUUCAAUAGAUCAUGUUAUACUACUUGAAAAACUAGCUUUCUAUGGCGUUUCUCAACUUGAACUUGCAUGGUUUAAAUCCUACCUCUCAAAUCGGCAACAACAGUAUCAAGUAAAUGGCUGCCUCUCUAAUAAAG